AUGGCCAUGAAACGAAUUAUGAGGAAGUUCUUCUGGUGGCCGAAGAUGUCCGCUGAAGUAACUCGAUUCGUUAAGGAUUGCGAAAUAUGCGCCAUGAUGUCUAAAAGAGAUCCACCAGUACCACUGAUAUCGAGAGAAAUGCCUGAUGGUCCUUGGCAAAAUCUACAGAUAGAUUUCCUAUCUGUUCCACAUUUUGGCACCGGCGAGUUUCUGGUAAUUAUAGACACAUACUCCCGCUAUUUGGCGGUAGUUGAAAUGAAGGCAAUGGAUGCAACCAGCACGAACGCAGCACUUUUUGAAGUGUUUCAGACGUGGGGCUUACCACUGAUUAUGCAGAGCGAUAACGGGCCACCAUUCCAAAGCUCAGCAUUCAAAACGUUCUGGGAGCAAAAGGGUAUACAAAUACGCAAGGCCAUUCCACUCAGCCCCCAGUCAAAUGGUGCCGUUGAAAGGCAAAACCAAGGGCUUAUUAAGACACUAUCGGCAUCUAAGUUGGAGGUUUACGAUGAAAUGGACUUGACUGAUAUUAAAGAACGGGAUGCUGAGGCCAAGCUCUCCAGCAAAAUUUAUGCAGAUGCUACUCGAGGUGCAAAGGACUCCAAUCUAACUGUUGGUGACGUAGUAUUACUGGCACAACAGAAAAGAAACAAAACCGAUCCUACCUUUUCAUCCGAACGCUUCAGAAUUGUAGCUAGGAAUGGCCCAAAAGUAGUCGUAAUGAGCAGGACAGGCAUCCAAUAUGCAAGGAAUAUACGAGACGUAAAAGCAGCUCCAGAACUGCAUGUAGCUAUAAAUCGAAGCGAUGAGGAAGUAUUGCAUCCGGAAAAUGGAGAGAUAGAUCUUGAACCAAAUGUAGAUAACAUGGAAAAUCCGAAUCUGGUGUCACAUGCAGAGAGACCCGUCGCGUCGGAUUUAAUCCAUUCAGCGGAUCCUGACAAAUUUGUUCAUCAAACUCCAAAAGUGCUUCGCAAGAGAGAUCUCAUCAAACGUCCUUCAAAGUACGAUGAUUUCGUAUACCAUGUUUUUCACUAA